AUGAGGCUAAGUGUGAAAAGGAACUCUCACGCUAACAGGCUAAGUGCACUCUUCAAAGGCAGAAGAGCAUCUGCAACUGACAAACAAACAACGGAUGAUGACGCGAAAAGAACCGCGGAUACGUUCAGUAUGCAGAAAGAAUCUACUUGUUUCACAAGCGAAGAAUUGAGUCUUUUUCAUAAUUCAAACAAAGUAAAGGAGACAGAGUAUCUCACUGUUCUUAAUCGUAUUCUACAGGAACAAAUAAUCAACACGACAGAAGUUUACAACAUCGCUGGAAAGAUGAUAAGGGUUGAGGUGCUUGAAGACACCGAAUUAUAGUAUCGCAGUCUAGUACUCAGUGGAUAUAAAAACAUUGUCUUUUUCUGCCGAACUACAACUUAAGGAAAAUGGAAACAAUAAAGAUAUGUCGGCCAGACUUGAAAUCGGUCGAGUUUUUGCCCGUUUCUUUUAAAUUCAGACGAAAAGCGUGGAGGUUACGUAAUGCAUUUCAACAAAUGUGUAUUGUCCUCAAAAGGGAUUGAAAGGAAGCCAUGCAAGAAUUAAUUUCCCUCAUGCCUUCUGAAUGCGGACAGCCGAGACGGAGUAAUGAACCAACUCACUUUAGUACAUGCUGCUUCAGAAAUUUUCUAGGAAAAAGACCAUUUGUCAUAGCCCUCUUGUGACUGUUUACGACAGUUUGUGACCGUGUUACUUGCAUUUUGGUGUUGUUGCUUACAGGAGGUUCGACUGUAAUUUGAUUAGAAAUAGUUAUUCAAUAACAUGAAUGUUACAGUUACUUAAAGAGUAUGCUUUUUUUUUACUGUACUCAUGUUUUAGCCCAAAAAGUGCACUGAGCCUCGCAGUAUUGUAUUACAACGGCUUAUCAUGUGUAUUAUCAUGCCAUUUCUCGUAACUAUAGCACCCGUACCAAAAUCAGUCGAGUGAAGACACAAACCAAAGUACAGUAUGUACAGAAUGGUCUUAAAUAAAUUCAGGCAUCUAUCUACCCUGGGUACCAGGGGUUAGGGUUUUCUCGCGUGCAGAGGAAAUCUUUGGUGUUGGCCGAAGGCCAACACAUCUUCGGCCGUAGGCUGAAGCCACGUAGCAUCUAUCCCUCCGGAAUCCAAAAAGAAACUUUUUUUUAGGGUGGCGGGGGGUUCCAGAUUUUCCAUCUAUUUUGGCUAAGAUUGUAGGUUUGUUUGGUAGCACCAUGCUUCCUCGAACUUGACAACGAUAAGUAGAAUUCCAGCAGAGUUCUCUUCACACCACUUAUCGCCAUCGAGGAAAGCAGUUAUUUGGUGAUUCCUCCUCUAUUCGCGUUUACACUUGAUACAAGUAUCUACCUGGGACGCCUGGGGUUACGGUUAGACGUGUCAGUACCUUAGCCUGUGUGCAACAAACGUCUCGUUUUUUAUUUCUUUCACGUGAAGCAAAGGAAACAGAUGACACGUUUGCAUACAAACUACAGGCUGUCAUUUACAGACAAAAAAAAGGCAGUUGGCAUAACAAGGGAUCGAGGUUUUUAAAUUCGUUUCUCUUUUUCUUUUAAGUUAUUUUUCUCGAGAUUGGACGUUGAAACAGGCAGUGAGUUGAGCGCGCAAGCUCUCCUUUUGGGAAGUCGCGAGAAGUCACCCGAGAGCCGCACGCGAAAGGAGACGCGACUAGCGGCUCGCUUCCCUCGCCACUCGAAAUGGAGUGCUUGCACUUUACAUACUAGGGGGUGCACGUGAGCGGUGCUCAAUAUCACUCGUUGAGUCGAGCAUGACUCAUCACCAAUUCAGACCCCAAGCGUUGACCCUGAUUUAUUUCGUUUCGCAUACAGAAUUAAAUUUUUUACAACUAACAUGAUGGAAAAAAAGUUGUUGCAUUCACAGAUGUAGACAGCUCCUCGCCAACUUUAACAUUCAUGUGGUCGUCGUUUAAGACGGUUAAUAGUGAAAUAGACCUUUUCACGGUUUAUGACGCCAUCUUGGCUGGCGGACAAACUCGGAAAAAAUUACAGUGAAUGUACGGGAUUUUGGCCCACUUAAAAAACCGCUAUAACGCCCAUGCAAACAGGCGGAUUUCCAAAAUUUGCCACUACCUCAAAUAUUUUUAUUGAUAUCAUUCAUUCAACAGAAAAUAAGACUACUAAAGAAGGUACGACGUCUGUAAAUUCGAAUUAUAAAUCUUCUCAUGUGGCUUCUAAUUUCAUGGUAAUUUGCAUAAUGUUGAUUCGAAGGGUUUGUAUGAAAUUUUAGAAAUUCGUUUACGGUUGUUAUAACCUGAAUCUUUCCUUUAUACUUCAUGAAAAUAAUCUCAACACAAAUUUCUUUUAAAAUACAUUUUCGCUGCGGAAAUCCGACUCUUUGUAGUGGCGUUAUAGCGGUUCCAAGUGGACCAAAAUCCCAUACAUUCACUGUAAUUUUAGCCGUGUUUGCCCCCCAGCCAAGAUGGCGUCAUAAACCGUGAAAAGAUCUAUUGUAUACCCUGUAAAGCAGCACUUAUUCAUUUAGGCCAAAUAAGGGAGUAACCCCGCUCCCCAUCGAUCCGCGUUUUCGAGAGAUGCAAAGUAGGGAGCGGGACAAUUCUGAACGCCUGGAACGGACAGAUAACAAUUGAUUGAUUGAAGACCUCUUAUACUGAAUAACUGGAAAACAACUAAUUUCUUGAAGUAAUGUAUCUUGGUUUGGACUCCUGGUUUGGACUAUUUCUCCUAACCUUCAUACAGGCUAGUUGUUUGGUGCGUGAUUGCGUGAGGUCGGCUCUAAGCGUUGACAGGACCUAUGCAACUUACUUUUUAAAAUAGUGUGUGCCUAUUUUCCCCGCUCCGGGGGUACUCCCUAUAACGACUCCCCCCGAAAGAGGUACCUUUUUCAACCUUUCAAGGUACAGUAUAGGAAAGGGUAAAGAUUACACUAGUUGAAGUAUAUAAAAGGGUAGGGAAAUCUGUCAUUUCGGUCUGUAAAAUGACCCAAAAGAACUGACAGAAGCAUUUUAUGGCUGUGAAAAAGUCGAGAAAACUUCCUAGUUCUGGGAUUUACUCACUUUCUGACAGUGCACUGGCAGCAGUUGGAAGGGACACAAAGUUCUAUUCAGUAGGUAUGAAAAAGGGGUACUAUUAGACUUGCUACAAGUCGACCUCUUGGCGAGCGGAGCGAGCCUUGUUUGGCCGCGAAGCGGCCGACCGCGAGCGACGAAGUCCCACGCCAUAUGAAAUCCGACGAAGGACUUUUGGAAAGUCUAGGGUACCAUUUGUCAAGGAAGGUAUACGAAAGGGAUAGCUUUUCUGUCAAAAAUGGUAUUUGAAAGGGUAAGGGGUUGGACCUCGGGGCGGAGUUAGUAUUAAACUUUGUUGAGUACCCCCCCCUCCUCCCCCCUGCCCCUUGCUUGUUCCAAACGAGAAGUGGUGCGAAAUUGCGGGGAGAGAUUAACAAUGAAAAUGUUGACAGCAAGAAUUAACCUGUAUUUACUCCCACUAGGAGAAAAUCCCCACCAGCAUUUGUCAGUUUAUGAUUAAUGGCGCUAGGAUACAGUAAAUAUGGCACAAAAGUAGGCGACAGGUUAUGAUGAAAAGUUUGUUGAUUAAACCUAAAAUUGCAGUGUUUAUUUGUUGAAAAUAAACACAACCUAGACCUCCACUGAAUAUAGAUAUACUGAUAACAGAUUGCCAAGUCAAUCAGUCUAGAGAAUUCUUAAUUGUUUAGGCUUUAGCGUUAUCUGCAUUGCCAUUAAAGCCAGUUGAGUGCUCUGUUUAUAUAUAGCACCGGAAAAAUGCCAAACAGUAUCAAGUUAGCAGGAAGGAACAAAAACCGAUGAAAUGCCAUCAAAGAGGGAGAAAAACAGAAGGGCACAAAGAUUUGCUCAGACGAUAUCCGCUGAUUAAACGAUCAGCAUCCUGACUUUUCAUUGUUGACAUAAGGAUUCAUUUACUUGAAUAUUAAUGCGAGAAACAUUUAGUUAAACGUAGCAGUCAUCACACUAAAAUACACCGAGUCUUUAAAAGAUACUUCUUCAAAAGACGACGCUUUAUACAGAAAGGAAAAGCUUGGCUGGAUAUCAUUUCAAGAAUUGUUGUUGCCGAGCUUAAGUUCGAACUGAAAAUGUGGAAAUCAUCCGGACGCCGCACCGCAGCUUUCCCCUUUGCUAAACGUGAAGUUCACGAAAAUGAUCAAAGUUCCCGCACAGCUACGCAAGAAACAUCGUUUGUUCGGAGAAAUAAACCAAGUCCGUGUCACUUAUCUCCAGUGGAUGACAACAGAUUGAAAUGCAAGUUCGAAGCCAUUGAUGUUCUGUUGCAGAUUCUACUGCAUCAAGAUGAACUGACUCUUAAAGAGUACACCAUCAAUGAUAGAAGAAUAAAAGUCCUUGUUAUUGAAGACACCGAGUUCUAAUAGUAGCGCGAUUCGAUUCCAUCAGAUGCUAUGUGUUUCUAUUGAGCAAAAUAGCGGAAUUCACUGAAAAGUUUUACUUGGCGAGAUGUAGACUCGUUAGAUGCCGGAGUUCUAAAGGCCCUGAACAGUAGUUAUAUCUUAUGGCCGAGUUUACCUAUUUAGAGCAGAACUACCUACUGAAAAUCCACCCGUCACCAUGACUAAGCAGAGAUUAUAUACUUUUGCGUGUGCAUCCGGCUCUACCAACUGGUUUGAUGUUGCUGCACUAGGAUUUUCCGCAAAGUAUGUGCAGUUCUUGAGUCGACGUCGCAUAACACUACAUACUUUCUUCCAUUUCAAUUCGACGGUGCACACGUUAACUUCGCCGGUUCUCCUUCAUGGACUUCAUGGAUCAUGCUUACGUGUCUUUUUUUGUUUCAGCGAAGUGCAUGAAAAAAGUUAGAAUAAACAUAUACUGUAUGUUGCCACACGAUAGACUACCAUUUUAUCUAUUGGAAACUAAGAAAUUUAAUAAAGCGAACGGCCGGCCGUAGGCUCCUCUGACCUCACGCUUCGUUGAAGAUUAACUGCAACGAACUUAUUGUCUGCUCUAAACCUGUCUUGCAUUCUUUUCCUGAACACACGCAGUAUCUAUGAUUUUUUUUUCUUAAUUUGCUAAAGGAAUGGUGUUUCUUAGUGGUCCUAUAAAUAGCAGGCGAACUGUAAAUUUAGACAGCGUUUACAACCAAUUCCAUCUUUUAUAGUGAUGAUUUUUAUUUUUUUUUAAACUCAUAUGGCUCGAGUAAAAAAAAAAUGAUUAAAGAUACAAAGCAUAGUUUCUACUUACGGUCACUAUACUACAAUUCUUGUGUAAUCGUGGCUGUUAUAUUUCGAGCCACCUGGCAACUUUUUUAAAAAAAGCGAAGCAUCAUACACCAAAUAGGAAACGCUUCAUUGUUUGUAAUAAUAACAUUUAUUUAUACCGCGCAAGAGAUGGGACAAUCGACUGUGUUUGUUGUUGCUGUUGAUUUUUUUAGUAUCACUUGGCAAAAAAGAACUCGAUCACCCGCUGGCCGCUGUUCGGGAAAUGA